CGCACUAAGUGGUACAGCUGGCUUUUUUACCUAGUUUUUGGACGCCUGUUUAGCAGCGGAUGCGCGAAUCAAUAGGUUGGGGAGAUGGGACGAGCUGGAAGUAAUUCUAGUUUUACUGAUCAUUGUCUUUUUUGAUGCCGUUUAAUAAAUAGGAGACCCAGGUGGUGUUCUUUUUCUGAUUCUUUUUAAAAAUCUAGAUGGCACAAAUCAAAGCGUAAACAUUUAUUCAUAAAAUUGGAAUCUUGGCAUUGGAGUUUCCUGCGUGUUUCAGUUGGCUAUGCAGUGAUUUGUGUGACAGGGAAGCAAACUGUUAAUGCUCAGUAUGGCUGAAUCUACAAAGUACACAUCUGCACUAACUUAUGAGCCAGAUGGACUGAACAACGGUGUGAAUAAUGCUAUCAAAACAAAAGACAGUGGCAGCAGUUCAGGCUCUCAGGAGUCAAUGAAGCUGAAGAAAGAAAUCUCCCUCUUUAAUGGUGUCGGCCUGAUUGUGGGGAAUAUGAUUGGCUCAGGGAUCUUUGUUUCCCCCAAAGGAGUUCUAAUGUAUAGUGCCUCAUAUGGACUUUCAUUAGUUGUAUGGGCUAUUGGAGGCAUCUUUUCGGUUUUUGGUGCCCUGUGUUACGCUGAACUUGGAACCACAAUCACAAAAUCAGGCGCAAGCUAUGCUUACAUUCUUGAGGCCUUUGGAGGUUUUAUAGCUUUUAUACGUUUAUGGACAUCACUUCUGAUUAUUGAACCUACCAGUCAAGCAGUUAUUGCUAUAACGUUUUCUAAUUACAUGGUUCAGCCAAUCUUCCCAUCCUGUGAAGCACCUUAUGCUGCCAUUCGUCUCAUAGCAGCUGCCUGUAUCUGUAUUUUAACAUUUGUGAACUGUGCCUAUGUGAAAUGGGGGAUCCGAGUUCAGGACAUUUUUACAUAUGCAAAAGUCCUGGCUUUAAUUGCUGUGAUAAUCGCUGGAAUUGUCAAACUAUGUCAGGGACAUUCAGUGCACUUUGAAAAUGCAUUUGAGGGGUCAUCCUGGAAAAUGGGUGACAUUGCUCUGGCACUUUAUUCUGCACUGUUCUCUUACUCAGGCUGGGAUACACUGAACUUUGUCACUGAAGAAAUCAAGAACCCUGAGAGGAAUCUCCCACUAGCUAUUGGAAUCUCCAUGCCUGUUGUCACCGUCAUUUACAUUCUAACGAAUGUGGCCUAUUACACAGUACUGGACAUCAGGUCUAUCCUGGACAGUGAUGCUGUUGCAGUUACUUUUGCUGACCAAGUUUUUGGAGUCUUUAACUGGACUAUCCCCCUUGCAGUGGCCCUAUCUUGUUUUGGAGGGCUGAAUGCAUCUAUUGUUGCAGCUUCAAGAUUAUUUUUUGUGGGCUCCCGUGAAGGUCACCUGCCUGACUGCAUCUCCAUGAUUCAUGUUAAACGUUUCACUCCAGUGCCUGCUUUGCUGUUUAAUGGUGCCAUGGCAUUGGUGUAUCUGUGUGUGGAGGAUAUUUUUCAGCUGAUCCAUUACUACAGCUUUAGCUACUGGUUCUUUGUGGGUCUUUCAAUCGCUGGCCAGUUAUACCUUCGUUGGAAACAACCUGACAGACUUCGUCCACUUAAGCUUAAUUUGGUGUUCCCAAUUAUAUUCUGCUGCUGCACCAUCUUCCUUGUUGGAGUUCCUCUCUACAGUGACACAGAAAACUCUCUUAUUGGCAUUGGAAUUGCCCUCUCGGGUGUACCAGUUUAUUUUCUUGGUGUCCACAAACCUGCCCAUAAACUACUUCAGUGGAUCAAAAACCUUAUCAGUUCCUGUACCAAAUACAUCCAAAUUCUAUGUUUUUCUGUUCUUACUGAAAUGGACAUAGAAGAAGUAAAGAAACAAGACAAAUCAAACUGAAAAAGUCCACCACCAAAGACUUCUCUUAUAUGAAAUCAUGACAACUGUGGAGCCACCUGCAACUGUGAACUACGAUGCCAGAUCCAGAGGAAACAUUUCCUCCAGAGUGAAUUACAUAUUUUUGCUGUAGACAAGGCAAAAGUAGCUACCGUGGCCAGUGUUUGAUUAGGUGGAAGGGGUUGAGGGGAGUUGAGCAUUUCUCAAAGCUACAGGACCUUGAUAAUUAUUACAGUAUUAUCAUUGUAUUUUACUAAAUUAAACAAGACUGAAUUAAAAAUACUAUAACAAGCAGUCAGGAUGGGGAAAUGCUGCAUUUAGUUCUUGAGACAGUCCUCUGAAAUCUUAAAGUUGAAGUAUAUACAUUAUGUAGCACAACAAAUACUUUAUUUCUUGUUUAUUACUGUGUAAUUCAAUGAACAGUGCUGCUUCUAAGCAAAGGCUGAUGAUGUAAAUAAAUGAUCCUGUAAUCUACUGUACAGAGAAGAGAUGAGGCCAGGUUCAGAGGGAGAAUGACUUACAGAAGCUUGCUGACAGUACUGAGGCUGAAUAAUUAAGCAAUAACCGACGAGGUGUUGUGGUAUAUUGAAGAUUUACCCAUGGUUGGUGUGGUUUAAUCAUGAGGGCGAAGCCUGAGUGAUUAAAUAAAACCAACUGUGAGUAAAUUUCAAUGUACCACAACCACAAAGUCGGUUAUUGCUAUUAUACAAUGACAUUAUUUAAGAAAAAAAAUAUGUAUUUUUCCUAAAUAAUGUCUUUGUAUAACAGUUCUUCUGCAGCUGAUGGUAUCCUGCAGCCUUGUUUUGAUGUACUGCACAGGCGUAUGGGACUUGCGUUCCCAUGCAUACUCAGUACAUCAAUGCUUUGAAAAG